AUGCCACGUAAGCUACGUAAGAAUAUACGUAAGAGGAAGGGAGCAUUGAAACAUCCAAUAGUAAAACUGACACCACAACAACAGUUGCAACAACAAAUGCUGAAUGACCCCACUAUGUUGCAACAAAUGUCAAGCAACCCUAUGCUCUUAAACCGAGUUCUUGGUGCACAGAGUGGAGGUUUAAGAGCGGCACUUUUAGCGAAAAUGGCAGGCUAUGGUGGAGCUGCAGACGGAACAGCCUAUAACCCUCAAAGUCAAAUGAAUUUGAGUUCACUCAAAAAUCAAAUAUCAGAUGUCAAAAAGUCAAACAUAGACAUACAGAAGCAAAUAAGUGAAAACGAAAAGAAACUAGAAUAUGACAGACACACAAAGAAACUCAAUGAGUUAAACGUAGAGAAAAAGAAGAAAGAAGAACAACUGAAAGAACUAAGUACAGAGGAAUAUGCGAAAAAAGUGUCAGAAAAAGCAGCAGAAGUAGCAAAAAUGGAACAAGAUGUUAUAAAUUUGAAAAACCAUACUACUCAAUAUAAAGUACUGAAAGAUGAAGAGAUAAAACAAAAAGCCCUGAAGACAUAUAUGGAUAGCGAUGAGUAUAAAAAAGAAGUUGAAGCAAAUGUAAAGGCAGAAAAACUUUUACAGUUGCAAAACCAAACCGUACAGUAUGAAAACUUAGCACAAGAAAGUAAAAAUAACGACGCAGCCAUGCAAAAGGCAAUGAAAAGCGCAGAAUAUAUAAAAGCUAACAAUGACUGGUUAGAUGCCCAAGCCAACGCUAAAGCAGCCCAGCUUAUAGGGUCAAUAAGGACAAAAAUACAAGCGGAUGAAGACAGUUCAAAUGAAGCUUUAAUGAAUGCUGACUUUAAGAACGCCUUCGAAGCUCUUCAUAGUAAGGUGAAACUAGUGAACGACUUCUCAUCUGGAAAGAAACUGAAGUCUGAAGGUUUCGACAAAGAGUUAAGAGAAGUAGCACAAAAUCUGACGAAAAUAACAGAUGCAACAACGAGACAGGCAGUUCAAAGUGCCUAUGACGCCGUUAGAGCAACUGUUGUGAAAAGUCAAGAAAAAGAGUUACAACAGACCAAAACAGACCUAGUAAAUGCUUUCUUAAAAACGAAAAGUCAGGUAGGACAUUAUGCUGCAGAUGGAACAUAUGUGCCAGCUGGUGGAACUUAUAUACCAGCUGGUGGAACUUAUAUACUAGCUA